AGGGCGGUGGGAUUCCUCUGACCUGCUUUGGUUUGGUUGGGUUCGGCAGCGGCCUCGGACUCUGCGGUCUCCUUUGAUGGCAGAGAAGAGAAAGCAAUACGGAGAGCAGAGGAAGAAGUGAAACGCCCAGUGAACAAAACCCACACGCACUGAAACCUCCUCCCAUCCAACUUAUUAGCCCUCUCUCUCUCUCUCACACACACACACACUCUCUCUCUCUCUUCUAAGGUGAGCCGCUAUUUCUUUCUCUGUGUGUGUGUGUGUGUGUGUGUUUGUGUUGGUGACUGCAUGUUUGUGUUGGAGUAUUCAAAUUCUUUGAUCAAACCGGGGGUUUGGUUCUGAUUUUGGUCUUGUCGCUGUAUUUUACUUCCCCAUUGAUUGUGUCAAUCGAGUUUCUUCAUCUGUCGCUGAUUUUCCUCUUUCCUGGUUCCUUCCGUAAUCUUCUUGUUUUCUUGAUUGACUCGUCUGCUGGUUCUGACUAAUUUUUGGCAUCUAUUCUUCAAUCAUUCUUUUGGUGGUGUUUUUCUUAUGGGGUUUUUCUUUCUGUCCUCUUGCUUUGCAGUAGCCAGUGAUUUACGUUGAUUUUUUGUUUGUGAUGAAAAGAUUGGAUUAGUUUUUUUUUUUGUGUCAGACUACUAGGGUUGAGAUUCCUACUCCUUGCAGAUUAGUCUUGUGCUUAGCUGAUUUGGGGAAGGCUUUCAUUGCUACCGGUUGCUUCAGGGCCGAGUCCCUAAAUUUCUGAUACAAGGCAUUUGGAAAUGGUUUACACUAGGUUUUGUAUGGGAAGCUUGAAAUAGUAUUGAAUAUUAGUUGGCACUACUGGUGCAAUGGGUGGGUUUUGCUCGAGGAGAUCUGUUGAAGAUGGCUCAACAGGUGGAAGCUUUCCACAUGUCAAUGGUCAUUUUAAGUAUGGUUCUGGAAUGGUAUAUCAGUCUCGUGGGCCGGAUGCCAACGUAAAUAACAAUCCUACGCCAUCUCAAGUUGUGGAAACUGUGGAUAAGCAAUUAGGGGAGUCCGUUACAUUUCCUGAGACGGAUACAAUCUCACAUGGGAUGACUGCGGCUGAUAUCAAUGAUGGGAUUCCAAAUCUGCCUCGGGCUUUAUCAUACAAAUCAAGAUCAACAAAGUCGAAACAGGCUGCCGUUGCGAAGGUUUCAGAAGUGAGUUCCCUCUUGGGCAGAGCAGGUACUGCUGGACUUGGGAAGGCGGUAGAAGUUUUGGAUACACUUGGUAGUAGCAUGACAAAUUUAAACCUUAACAGUAGUUUUGUUUCGGGGGUGACGACAAAGGGAAUUAAGAUUUCAAUUUUGGCUUUUGAAGUUGCAAAUACAAUUGUUAAGGGUGCGAAUCUUAUGCAAUCUCUUUCAAAGGAAAGCAUUAGACAUUUGAAAGAGGUGGUGCUUCCCUCAGAAGGUGUGCAACGAUUAAUAUCAAAAGAUAUGGAUGAACUACUUAGAAUUGCUGCAGCUGACAAGAGGGAUGAAUUAAGGAUUUUCUCUGGUGAGGUAGUCCGUUUUGGAAAUCGUUGUAAAGAUCCUCAGUGGCACAAUUUGGAGCGUUACUUUGAGAAGCUGGGUUCAGAAUUUGCAACCCAAAGGCAAUUGGAAGAAGAAGCAGAAACCAUAAUGCAGCAAUUGAUGACCUUGGUCCAGUGUACUGCUGAACUAUAUCAUGAGUUAAAUGCUGAGGACCGAUUUCAGCAAGAUUAUCAGCGCAAGCAGCAAGAAGAGGAUAACUCAAAUGCUGCUCAAAGAGGAGAUAGCCUUGCAAUCUUACGGGCCGAAUUGAAAAGUCAGAAGAAGCAUGUGAAAAGUUUGAAGAAGAAAUCACUCUGGUCCAGGAUUUUAGAAGAGGUAAUGGAGAAGCUUGUAGACAUUUUCUAUUUCUUACAUUUGGAGAUCCAUGAGGCUUUUGGUAUUGCUGAUGGAGAUAGACCCGUGAAAAAUAACAAUAUAAAACUGGGAUCCGCUGGUCUUGCAUUACAUUAUGCAAAUAUUAUUACUCAAAUUGAUACACUUGUAACCCGAUCAAGUUCUGUGCCUCCAAAUACGAGGGAUUCUCUAUACCAAGGACUGCCUCCUAGUAUAAAGUCAGCUUUGCGCUCCAAGUUGCAGUCAUUUCACCUCAAGGAAGAGCUUACGAUUCCCCAGAUCAAAGCUCAAAUGGAGAAAACAUUGCAAUGGCUUGUUCCUAUGGCUACAAACACAACUAAAGCACAUCAUGGCUUCGGUUGGGUUGGAGAAUGGGCAAAUACUGGGUCUGAUGUGAACAGGAAGCCUGCUGGGCAGGCCGACAUAAUCCGAAUAGAAACACUGCAUCAUGCUGAUAAGGAGAAAACUGAAGCUUACAUUCUAGAUCUAGUAGUGUGGCUUCACCAUCUUGUUAGCCAAUCAAGGGCCGCUAACGGGGGAAUGAGGUCCCCUGCUAAAUCCCCAAUUCACUCUCCAAAUCAGAAGACAAUCCAAUUAUUGACUCAUAAAUCCUCUCCAUCACCCACUCUGACAAUUGAAGAUCAAGAAAUGCUUCGGGAUGUAAGUAAGAGGAAACUGACACCAGGCAUAAGCAAGAGUCAAGAAUUUGACACUGCAAAGACCAGGUUAAGCAAGCACCACAGGUUGAGUAAGAGUAGCAGCCACUCCCCAACAAGCGAAACUAAAAAGAAUCCUUUCCCUAUCAGGAGGCCGUUAUCUGUACCCAUAAUAGAUUUUGAUAUUGACCGCAUGAAAGCUUUGGAUGUCAUCGACCGAGUGGACACAAUUCGAAGCGUGUAGGGUCAUAACAGUGUUGCUCAGGCUUUGGCAAAGCGGCCUUGUUUUGUGUAGGCAGUCAACAUCCAUCUGUUCUGCUGCAUCUUUUUGUUUAGGCUUCUUUAACUUGGUUGCGAUCAAGAUGCUGUUUUGAGUUGUGAGAUAGGGACACAAAGUGACCAUGGGUGAAAAUGUAUUGAGCAAAGGGGGUCUUGAUUGUGAGAUCUAUUGGAUAAUAUCGAGCGAGUAGUGUUCAUUGGUGCCAAAUGUGUGUACAGAAUGCUUUUACAGUCUUGCCAAUAGUUGUUAGUUAUGCUUCUUCUUCUCUUCGGUAAAUCAACUAAGUUUGAAUCUCUUUCAGAAGCUGCGGUUGAUUUCAGGCCAAGAAACAAACUGCCGCUGCUACCAUGUCAGCGUUUUUGCAAUCUUUAAUCUCAUGAGGGGUUUGGAUUGUUCCUAUUCA